AUGGCCUCAGCUGAAGCAACAAGAGAAAAGUCUGGCCUUCAUCUGAAGCAACAAGAAAAGUAUGGCCUUCACCUGAAGCAACAAGAGGAAAGUAAAUUGGGCCUUCAGCUUGAAGCAAGAGAAAGUAUGGCCUCAGCUGAAGCAACAAUAGAAAGUAUGGCCUGCAUGCUGAAGCAACAAAGACUGAAGCAACAAGAGAAAGUAUGGCCUUCAGCUGAAGCAACAAGAGAAAGUAUGGCCUCAGCUGAAGCAACAAGAGAAAGUAUGGCCUCAGCUGAAGCAACAAGAGAAAGUAUGGGCCCAGCUGAAUGUCAGCUGAAGCAACAAGAGAAACUGAAGCAACAAGAGAAAGUAGGCCUCAGGCUGAGCACAAGAGAAGUAUGGCCUCAGCUGAAGCAACAAGAGAAAGUAUGGCCUCAGCUGAAGCAACAAGAGAAGCAGCUGAAGCAACAAGAGAAAGUAUGGCCUCAGCUGAAGCAACAAGAGAAAGUAUGGCCUCAGCUGAAGCAACAAGAGAAAGUAUGGCCUCAGCUGAAGCAACAAGAGAAACAACAAGAGAAAGUAUGGCCUCAGCUGAAGCAACAAGAGAAAGUAUGGCCUUCAGCUGAAGCAACAAGAGAAAGAUGGCCUCAUCGCAAAGAAAGUAGGCCUCAGCUGAAGCACAAGAGAAAGUAUGGCCUUCAGCUGAAGCAACAAGAGAAAGUAUGGCCUCAGCUGAAGCAACAAAGUAUGGCUUCAGCUGAGCAAAGAGAAAUAUGGCCUCAGCUGAAGCAACAAGAGAAAGUAUGGCCUCCUGAAGCAACAAGAGAAAGUAGCCUAUCGAAGAGAAGAGAAAGUAUGGCCUCAGCUGAAGCAACAAGAGAAAGUAUGGCCUUCAGCUGA